AUGCACCCUCCCUACACUAACCGCUCAUUUUUUGUUUGCUGCUAUGACGUUUAUUUACAUUUUAAUAUACAUUUCACUCUUUUCUUAUCGCACAAGAAAUUGCCAUAUGAGAAGACAGGACGAGAACCGCCAUUGUUCUCACUUGUAGUCGGUGAGGAUGUUGAUGAAGAUGUUGGAAAAUCGAAAAAUGACGAUGUUGACGGAGAAGAGCAGGUUGAGGAAGAAGGUUCCGACAUAUUUCAGACACUGUCGAUAAAAAACAAGUUAAACUUUGUCAAUUGUGGUUGA